AAGGGGAGGAUGCUGUGUAUUUUUCAAAAUCUGAACGUACAUGCAAUGUUGCAAAGAUUGUUUUCCAAAUGUCUUUAUGACUUUAUUAGCUGGAUAGGCAAAACAACAGGACUUAUAUAAACAGUACAUACAGUAUAUUUUGUUGCCUGAUAUAUGUGAAUAUUUUCACAGCCAUUAUAGAACAUAAAAGUAGAAAACUUCCUUAAACUGUCAAAGUUUUUUCACAAUGGUUGAUUGCAAUUGUACUGCUGUCAGUGAAUAAUGGUAAAGUUUUCACUUUUGAAAAAGGACAUUUUGAAUCUCUGUCAUGUGUGAGCCUUGAUAACCUGGAUAUAUCUCUUCUUCUUUCAUUGAACUGAACAUUUGUUCAAAAUGUUAGUUUGCUUGUGCAUUUUGCAUGUGACACUGACAUUUUUUCAACCAUGUGUAUUCUUUGAAGUGCCUGAAAUUUGUUAGUUAUGCUGAAAAAUGCUGGUAAAAAUGUUGAAAUGUGCAACUUAUGCAACGUAAAUGCAUGCAGGCUUAUGUUAUGUGUCUUGCUGAAAUAAGUGUUCAAUAGGAAAUCUUUCUCAGGUAUUAAAUUUAACUUUUUGUCCUCUUUUGAUCUGUCUUUUCCUCUCCCUCUCCCUCUCCCUCCAUCACUCUCACUUCUCUUCUUCCAGCUCUGCUGCUGUGCAGACAUGAAGAGCAACAACAGCAUGAAUCCUUUAUACUUUCAGUUCACACUAUUUGGAGAUUCUGGGCCCCUCAGAUAUCUGUUCUUCUGUCUGUGUCUGUUGAUCUACAUGACUAUAAUCUCUGCAAAUGUUCUCAUUAUUCUGACAGUCUGCCUGGAGAAGACUCUGCAUCAACCCAUGUACAUGUUUAUCUCCUUUCUGUCUUUAAACUCUCUGUACGGCUCAGCCGGCUUCUUCCCGAGAUUCCUGAUGGACAUUCUGUCUGACACUCAUUUGAUCUCACGUGCAUCUUGUUUCAUUCAGAUGUAUGUUAUCUACAGCUAUGCAUCAUACGAAAUGACUAUCCUCAGCAUCAUGGCCUACGAUAGAUUUGUUGCUAUUUGCCAGCCUUUGCACUAUCACAGCAAAAUGACGUUGAGUAUGGUGAGGCAUCUUUUGAUUUUUGCUGUGCUCUACCCUGCAGUUGCUCUUAGCUUCUGUCUUUAUCUUACUGUUCGAUUGCCUUUGUGUGGAAAUAAACUGCACAGGCUUUUCUGUUCUAACUGGCCUGUGGUUCAGCUCUCCUGUGUGGACACAACCCUGAACAACAUAGUCGGUCAGUUUGUUACAACAACAACCGUCUUCAUCCCCCUGUUCUUUGUCCUAUACACCUAUCUACGGAUUCUGCUUGUGUGCAGGAGAAGCUCGUCUGAAUUCAGAGGAAAGGCCUUACAAACCUGCCUGCCCCACAUGGUGACAUUUGUGACCUAUUCGUUCUCUGUCUUCUGUGAUGUGUCAUUGACUCGACUUGAGGCUGAUAAAAUUAAUCCAGUCAUCACAGUUGUUUUAUCUUUAGAGUAUCUGAUCAUUCCCCCCAUCAAUAACCCUCUAGUUUAUGGCCUGAAUCUGCCUCAAAUCAAAGGAGUGAUUUUUAGAUUUUUGAAGAUACACAAAAUGGUUCCUGCUGUCAAAAUUUAAAACUCAUCAUGCACAUACUGUAUAGCAAACAAUGAAGCUUUAAGCCAGUGUUGUUGACAAAAUAUACUUCUGGAAUAUCUGGAAUGUAUUUAUCCAUGGAUUUGUUUGCGAUCACAUUAAUUUUAAGGAGAUCGGAAUAUCAAUGAAUAGAAUAGAUGUAAUAUUAAAAUAGAUAAACCUGAAUCACAACAAUGAUAUUGAUAUUGUACAAGUUAAUGUAUGGUUCAACUGACAGCUCCACAGGCGAAAAUACAUAUUUGAAACUCACAAGCUAGAAUUCAAUUUAAUAAGUUUUUAGGUGUGUAUGGUGGGAAUUUGGAUGUUAGAUGUGUCUUUGUUGUUGUAUUUUCUGUUUUUAGCUAAAUGUGUGUAGGCUACUAAAUUUCAGGUCAAUCCAUCUAAAAGUUGUUGAGACAUCUCACUAAAAGCCAAAAAUGUCAACCUGCUGGUAGAAGGGAAAAGUCAGAGGACUAAAGUCAGUAAUAUAUUUUCUUUGGUUUCUUUAAUUGUUGAGAUAUUUGAGUCUGGACCAAAGUAGCUUUUUAGUCUUAAUUUUAUCACAUAUUUUCUUGUACUGUCACUGUUGAGUCAUUUGUAUGUUUUUUUAUAUUACUGGAAUAAAGAUUUUAAAACUAAGAUGUAUUCCAGCAUAACUGUGAUAGAUGAGCUAGCAGAGAUGAAAAGAUGAAGCUUAUUUGGAGGGGAGACAUGUUGCAAUAGAUAGUGAACAAUGGAGGAAGCUCACUGUGGCCUUACGUCCCCCGGGGGACAAAGAGGAUGAAGCCAGUAAGCAGGUGUGUGUGGAUCAACCGGCCCCUCUUCUCAUUUCUCAUUCUAGUUGAAUUGGGUGUAGCCUACAUUCAACGAUGAAAAAAUGAGUAUCAUGGUGAAAUGUCAUUAAGGAAUGCCUUUAGAACAGCACCUUACGAGGCGCUACACAAACCAUGAAGUGCAGAAAGUUCGAUCGAGCAUUUGAUCAUCUUAUAUAAUGAAUAAAACUCAUGAAUACAAAAGGAACACUUAUAUUUGUAAUGUCCUGCUCCCACCACAGUUUAUAU